AACUUAUGUUUGAGCGCCAAUUCAUGUAAAUCCUUGUUGUGUUGUUUUCUGCAUCUCCACGAAAAUGAACGAUAGCUUUGGUGCAGGUGGUUUUAACACGACCACAUCCGGUGGUUCCGAGAACAAAGCAGAAGGCGUCCUGCCGCUCGUCAUUCAGCAAGUCCUGGAAUCGGCAGACGACGGUAUAACUUUAUUCGGACACCAAUAUGCGAUGAUUACGGUUGUCGCAAUCACACGGAACGUCGAAUAUUCAUCAACCAAAGUCACAUACCAGCUGGAAGAUCAUACAGGCCAAAUUGAUGCACACUUCUGGUUGGAAGAUGAUGGUGCUGCCAACACUCCGAACAUUGCGCCACAUUCAUACGCUCGCGUCGUUGGUUCCGUCCGUAAUCAGGGUGGUUCGAAGGCGAUCAUGAUCUUCAAGAUAGAUCAGGUCAACUCCCCGAACGAAGUUACCACGCAUCUGCUAGAGGUAUUGCACUCCCGGUACAAGGGAGAGGAGAACAGUAAGCGCAAGACGGAACCUGGCUUCGAUACGAACGCUAAUGCCACCUCGAACGGUGGAUUCAUGGAAUCGGAUUCGGUUGGUGCCUCGUUGGGUUUGAACGGGAAGCAGUUGGCGGUGUACAAGGCAAUUAAAAGUCACGUCUCUGAUAUCGGUAUCAGUCGCAAGGAAUUACAAGCUAAAUUUUCUCACAUCAAUCCUUCCGAGAUGCAGAGCAUAAUUGACCACAUGGGGAAUGAAGGAAUGAUAUACACCACAGUCGAUACGGAACAUUUCUUUUGCGUUGACGCAUAA